AAUGAAUAAGUUGAUGAGUAACGAAGUCACGAGUGACGAAGCCACGAACAGACGAGCGGAAGUAGGAAUGACGGAAGUAGAAAGUGAAAACAAGAUUUCGCCAUUAAACUAGAUCUAGAUUUAGAUCUUCUAAAACAGAUCAUUUCCUACUUUCACUUUUCAAUGUUUACGUUUUGUUUCUGUGCGUUCCAGCAGUAACCGCGUGCCUUUUUCUGUGGUCUUGUUUUAACAGUCAUUUGAGGAUGUGCAGACAUGGAUUCAGACGAUUACGCACACAGAAGCUGGCUGUUCUCAAAGUUUUUUUCUGUAUUCUUGUGUUAUGUUACUUGCUGUGGACUUAUUGGCGCAAUGUUGUUCUCUUCGUUCGCUUUGUUAGCCAGCCUGAGUACAGGGAAUGUGUUCAUCGCCGAAGAAAUUAUGAACUUGAGGGACGUACAGAUCCCCUUUAUGUGACCCUUGCAAUCCAUGGACGUUUAGGAAACUGGAUGUAUGGCUAUGCUUCUCUCAUAGGAAUAGCCAGAGCAAAUGGAUACACACCUUACCUUAGUCCAUCUCACCCUCUGAAUACGUACUUUGUGCUGUCGAACAAACGAGACGAACCUGCAGAGUGCUUAAGAGUGGUGUAUGAUGACAGACCUUGUGCCUAUAAUCCAGAAUUUAUGAAUUUGCCAAAUGGAAAUGUUUCAAUUGAGGGAUAUAUACAGUCAUGGAAAUAUUUCAAGCUGGUUGAGCAUGAAGUGCGGAAAGAGUUUCAAUUGUCGGGAGAUUUCAAGACUCGGGUGUUGAAGCAAUUCUCAAAACUUGUUGAAGUUUAUAUCAGGGAGGGACGUACCAUUAUAAGCAUUCAUGUGAGGAGAGGGGAUGUAUUAAAGCCAGAGGCCCGAAAGUUAGGAUUUUGUCACGCCCCCAAAUCGUAUUUUGAUAAGGCCAUGAAACACAUGUUAGAUAAAUUUCCCCACUCUGCGUUUCUAGUGAUGUCUGAUGAUAUUCCUUGGUGCCAAGAGAAUCUGAAUCCCCCGAAAGUGGAAGGAAAGCCUGUCCCAAUUGUCUUUUCUCCUGGGUAUUCAAUGGGAACUGAUUUUGGAAUGUUAACAGUUUGUAACCAUUCUAUAGUUUCUGUGGGCACGUUUGGGUGGUGGGGUGCUUGGUUAGCAAAUGGGCAUGUUGUUUAUUACAAAGACUUUCCUUUGCCUGGAACCAAAAUUGAUUAUGAGACUGUGAAAGAGGACUUUUUUCCUGAACACUGGGUUGCUAUUUCUAGCUGUGUUACGGUUACAAUAUCACAUUCCUUGAUGUGCCUACUUCUUGUUUUUGCAUUCAGAUGUUGUUGAUGUUUUAAAGUACAGUCAAACCUCAUUUUACCGUCCCCAGUUAUACCGGCAGCAUGGUUUAACGCCAAGGUUUGCCUAUGUAUGGAAAGAAAAACCUACCGAAUAUAAACAGUAUUUGGGCCUUUACACUGUCAUCUGCCAGUUGUCUGAGUUGAACAGUCCCUAUUAAGCUAAUGUAAAUUUACACCCGUUAUAUUGCCAGCGAAUUGGGCUUUAGAGGUACACAUGGCACACGAUACUCACUUGGUGGCUGCUUGAUUUUCUCUUUCCCCACAAACAUCUCUGCGAGUUUGGCCUAUUUCUAGCAUCAUUUUGUCGCUGAUUUUCUCCGGAUUUGCGAUGAUUAUGAAAAUGCUAUUAUUUAUAGGUUUUGACUAAUAUUUUUUUAAAAUAUUGGAAUUAAAUUUUAAUUGUAAAAUCCCCUCGAGAAAUUUCAAAGGAACUGCCACCUCUGCAAAAAUAUUGGCUUCCCCAAAUAUAAGUCGGAUGAACAAAAGGCUGAUGGCGGCUCGUGAACCUUGUGAGGAUUCAGAGCACGAAGUGAAAGGUCUCAGGCAGCCCAGUCCAAGGACGGACAACUAUUGGGUUAAAAACAUGUACGUCUGCGAGGUCUUUGACACAUGACAUAGCCUAGCUUCUGAUCCGGUUGAAAUUUUCAAUUUGAAUUUACGUAAAGUUCAGCUGGAGCUGUACAUGUAAUUGGUUGCUACUUUUUUUUCCCUGUCCAUGGCAAUCGCGCACAGCUGGUCUAGAUGAAUCAAGACUGACCGCAAUUUGUCUCUAGUCUCUACCACUAGUCAAGCUGGCAAUUGGUGCUAUCCCAUUAUACUGCCAGCCCGGCUUUACCGCCAACUUCAUGCUCUUCCCAAGGUAGGCGGUAUAAUGACGCUUUACUUUGACUGUAAGGUAAAGACUUUUAAUUAGAGAGCUGGAUAAAAUCAAACGUGUCUCAAUUUGUGCAAUAGGGAACAACAAUCUACUCUUUGGCGGAGUGUCUGUGUUUGUAUAUAUUUUAUGUGUGUAUGUGUGAAUGUGUGUGUGCGCGUGUGAGAGAGGGAGAGAGGGAGAGAGAGAGAGAGAG